CUGUAAACACCCAUGCUCAUAGCCGCUCCAUGCCACGCGCAUAUUUUUUAUUAUUUUUAUUUUGAUCACAGACAUUCAAACAAGUCAUACCACUGCACGAUUACACGGAAUCUCAUCUCCCCUCUCCCGUUUCGCCACCUUGCUACAUAUUACUCAUACUUUUACUUCUCUUUUCUUCUCUUUUUUCUUUAAUUGUUAUUGUUCUCAAUUGACAGGCACAAGGAAUCCGUCGACUCCGAACAUCUGGCUUUCUUUAACAUCCUUUUUUGUGCAACCUAAGCUUACGGACUAAUUUAACAAAAUGAAUGACCUAAUUCCCCUUGUCAAUAAGCUUCAGGAUGUGUUCAAUACCAUCGGAAGCGACCAGAUCGACUUACCUCAGAUCGUUGUCGUCGGAUCUCAAUCGUCUGGAAAGUCGUCAGUACUGGAGACUAUUGUACAAAAGGACUUCUUACCUAGAGGAAACGGAAUUGUCACUCGACGUCCCUUGGUCUUACAGCUCGUCAACACACAUAUCGGAAACAUGCCUCCAUCAUCCAAUUCUUCCGAUACUACAUUGAAUGAUGCUCCUGAUCGUGCGGAAUUCUUGCACUUACCCAACAGACAAUUCUUUGACUUUGAAGAAGUCCGUAAAGAAAUUGAGGCCGAAACUGCCCGAGUCGCUGGUCAGAACAAGGGUAUCUCAAGGACACCCAUUAACCUCAAGAUCUUUUCGAAGAACGUCCUCAACUUGACACUGGUCGAUUUGCCUGGAGUAACCAAAAUCCCUGUUGGUGACCAACCCACGGACAUUGAAAAACAAACUCGUACUUUGAUCCUGGAUUACAUUACCAAACCUAACAGUGUUAUUCUCGCCGUCUCUCCUGCAAAUGUCGAUCUUGCAAAUUCGGACAGUCUCAAGCUUGCUCGCCAAGUUGAUCCCGAAGCAAAGCGUACUAUUGGUGUCUUGACAAAGCUGGAUUUGAUGGAUGCAGGAACCAACUCUCUAGAUAUUCUUGCGGGAAGAGCUUAUCCCCUCAAGCUGGGCUUCAUCGGAGUUGUGAACAGAAGUCAGGCUGAUAUUCAGAAUAAUAAGCCCAUGGCGGAAGCACUCAAAAGUGAAACCGAAUUCUUCCAGAGUCACCCAGCAUAUCGCGCUAUUGCUCACCGCUGUGGUACUAACUUUUUGGCAAAAACCCUCAAUACUAUCUUGAUGAAUCACAUCCGUGAUAAAUUGCCAGAUAUCAAAGCCAAGCUGAACUCUCUGAUAGGACAGACUCAACAGGAAUUAACAUCAUAUGGUGAUCCUACCUUCACUGGCAAGGCUCACAGGGGUACAUUGAUUUUACAACUGCUUACAAAGUUCGCUACCGAUUUUGUUGCUGCCAUUGAUGGUACCUCUGCAGAUAUUUCAACCAAAGAACUGUGCGGUGGCGCCAGGAUUUAUUACAUCUUCAACAAUGUUUUUGGCGCUGCAUUGGAUUCAGUUAACCCUUGCGAAAAUUUGACCGUCCAGGAUAUCCGUACGGCCAUUCGCAACUCAAAAGGACCACGCCCCUCACUUUUCGUGCCAGAGAUUGCAUUCGAUCUUUUGGUCAAGCCUCAGAUCAAGCUUCUCGAGCCUCCUAGUUUGAGAUGUGUUGAGUUGGCUUAUGAGGAAUUGGUCAAGAUCUGUCAUAACUGUGGUGGAAAGGAUCUUGCUCGCUUCCCUAGAUUUCACGCAAAAUUGAUUGAAGUUGUGUCUGACCUCUUGCGAGAGCGUCUUGGUCCUACAUCGGAGUAUGUCGAGAGUUUGAUCAGUAUUCAACGAUCUUAUAUUAACACCAACCAUCCCGAUUUUAUCGGCGGUGGAGGAGCCAUGUCGGCUCUCGAGAGAGCAUCCCAGAAGAAAAAGAAGGAGAUUGACCGGACGAGAAGGCUGAGCACCGUUAGCAUGGCCUUGGCUGGCGGUAAUGGUACUGAUUCCCCUAUCAGCAGAGAGGAGAAUGGUGAGAAGACAAUCACCGCCCAUUUGAACAAUCUCUCUGUACAGGCUGCAGAGAGAGGUGAUCGCGAAAGAUUGAGUCAUUCGGCCCAGCAUAGUGUAUCCGGCAAUGUGUCAAUGGCAUCUUUGAACGGAUCACCUCAUGGAUCAAGUACUGGUAGUAAGGAUACGUUUUUGAAUUAUUUCUUUGGUGGUCCACAGCCGCGUAUAGAUCGCCCUGGUCCCCAAGAAAAUCCUUACAAGUCGGGGAACGUCCAUAAUGUCGCUAAGGAGAUGAUCAUGCCUAAGACUCUUUUGGAUGGAGAGUCUCUCGAUUAUGAAAAGAAGUUAGAUCAUGCAUCGGACGUUGAGGAGCUCACAAACCUGAGUGAACGCGAGGAUAUGGAGACGCAGCUCAUUCGCUCUCUUAUUGUUUCAUACUUCAACAUUACACGCAAAUCAAUCCAGGACUUAGUUCCGAAGGCUGUCAUGCACCUACUGGUGAAUUACUCGCGCGAAGCUGUACAAAAUCGUUUGGUUGCCACACUUUACAAGGAAGAACUGUUUAAUGACCUUCUCCAGGAGGAUGAUAAUCUUUGUGCAGAGCGUGCAAAGUGCAAGGCCAUGCUCGAUGUCUACAAGAAUGCGUUUACAAUCAUUAACGAAGCCACUUAA